GCCCUUCUCAUCUCCUCGCUGUCGCUUCCUUGCAAGUCGUCCGUCUCUUUUUAUACAUUUAUUCGCCCACACCCCUCCCUCCGGCCUCUCCCUGCAUCAGAGGGCUGCCUCCACUACGACGAGACGUGCGCUGCUCGCUUGCGGUUUCGCUCUGGCCCCGUCCUCUGUUCCUCUGGUGCUGGCGGCUGACGGCGGUCUACUGCUUCUUCUCCUGCGCCAGCCGGCACUUGGGAUUCGCGCUGCAUCCCCAGUCCCAAGCAUUAAACCAGGCCCGUUCUACGAAUCUGGCCUGAAUUUUUUCUUCCCCUUCCUUUCCUCUUGCAGCCAAUCCCCCUGACGACAUUCCUGCACCAGUCUGUUUCUUAAUCCCGUCUGCACUUUGCUCUUGCGACUACUCCUGUCGUUUUCCCUCGCAGAAAACGGCCUUGCCUCGCUCUCAAACACGCCUGAGCACCGCUCGCCUCCCGCUCAAUCUCCCGCGUGUUUGACGUCCCGGUAGCUCGCAUAUUGCCGCACAUCCUCCGUCUCACCGCGCACCUGAUUACUCCCACCCAGCCCGGCCCAGAAACACCUGUCUCGCCUGCGCCCACGAACUGACUUGUCACAACACCACCGGCACACAAAAAGAGCGUGGACUGGUCUUGACCCAGCAGGUCUCACAUCCCUCCAAAUUAAUCACGAGGCCUCCCAAUCUCCUGCUAGCACAAACGGCUGCACGCCUCUUUUUCGACAAAAAAGUCCUCCAGAGUUCCUCGUCCGUUCCCCUUGCAGUCCGCAAGCGACGGCGUACUAUAAUCCCGGAGCCCAGCCUCGCUCAGAACUGGUCGUGCUCAUCCACUGCACCACACCGAAGGCUUCUGCCUUCUCACCUUUGUUCAGGAUGCGUCGCGAACAGAGCAUUGCCACCAUCGUCUAUAACCACCUAUUCCCGUCUCCCACGCCCAGCGAUCCUCCCGACUUUGCGAGCCACCUGGCCAAAAACCUGGUGGCCGAGGUGCGCAUCGAGACCCAACGAUUCUAUGGCGGGCUAGAAACGGUGGAAGCACGAUAUCCUGGCCUCAACUACUCGCACCCGCCUCACAGAAAGCGACUCGGCCGGUUCCCGCACCACGCACGACUGUUCAAGGCGUUUGACGAGCUGGGUCUGACGGAGCACGAGAUCAGCAUGCUGUGCAGGUGGGAAGGCACGCUGUGGGCGAGGCAGCGGUACGAAAGAGACGAAGGCAUCAAGGUUGUCGACACGACUGGCAUGGAGAUCGGCCCCUACGUCGACCGAAGAAGGGUCCAGAAGCGGAGCAGGAGAAGCAGCCCGCGCGGCAUCAAGGUCAAGACCCACAUCGAAGUCGAGAUCGAAGACGCCGCCGGCUCGGGCGAGGCGCGGUCCCAGACCUCGACUCCAAACCCGCCGUCCCAGGCUCGCCCGACGACGCACUACGCGCCCGCGCUCUCUCGCAACGUGGACAUGCCGGACGCCGUGUCCUCGAGGCAGGCGACGCCGAGCGCGUCGGAGAACGAAGCUCCGGCCACGGCGCGGCUUCUGAUGCUCAGGAUUCCGGCCGGGACGCCGCUGCCUGAAAUCGCAAGGGACCCUGCCAUGGAACAGUACCUGGAGCAGUACCUCAAAGAGCAGGCGGAGCGAGGCGGCACACACCUCUCGCCGGAGGACUUGCGCGCCCACAUUCGAGCCAUGGUGCUGAACGCGGCCAUGCAGAACGGCGGCCCAACCGCCUCGGCGUCCUCGGUCGUACCAGCGAUGCCAGACAGCAUGCAGCAAACACACCCCCAGUCUAGCACUUGUUGAAAUCGCGCAACGAGACGAACGGAAGAUGGAGAAACUUACUCUCUUCUCCCUCCCUCUUCCCCUCCCCCCCUUUUUUGUACAUUUUCGUUUGGUCGUUAAAUUUCUUUUUUUUUCCCUCCUCUUUCAACAACAUGGCUAGAGAAGAAUUCGGGGAUACAUGACUUGAUGGCGUUUAAUCAGGAACGAUACCAGGCGAAUACUGCAUGGAGUUUUUGCGUUUUUUUCAUCUUCCCUUUUUUUUUCCCCUUCUUCCCCCAUUUCGCAUCGACGUCCACGGGGGUAUGGGUUAAUGUCUAGGUUUCAUUUGGGGUCAUUGGUGAGCGUUUUUUCAGAUCACAUCUUCUGCCAGUGUAAAGGGCGUCUCGCGGUUGGGGUUGCGUCCGCAGAAGCACAUCGAUCCUGCAUAAUGGUGUAUUUCUUUUUGUCUAUCCUCGUUGAAGAGAUGCUCAGCCUGGGAUGUGCUGUUGAUGUACAUAAUGCAUUUGCGACAGCAUCAAACGGUCAGCGCUAUAAUAGCAGAGAAAACGAGAGAGAGUGAGGGAGGGAGAGAAGGAGGGAGAGAAAACGAAGGGAUAGGUAUCAAAUCGGAUCAGAGAAUAGUUAAACAAUGGUCAUUUUCAAGAGAGGGAAGGGU